AUGGCAUCAAACAACCUCCCAGCGGGAGCAUUCUUCACAUCGAUCGAGGGGAGGAGAUGUACGGCAAUACCCAAGGUGGCAGUUGCGUCGCCCGACGUGAACACGCCAGCCCCCGUCCAGACGACACCGCCGCCAGCCAUCAUCGAGGUCCAGCCGACGCCGACGCCCGAGCCAGCACCAGCCGAGACGACAGCAGUGGUAGUGGUAGGGGCAGGAGACAACAGAGCAGAUCCUGCUGCCAAUGAUGGCAAUGAAGUAGAGCAAGAGAUUGUUGCUCCAAGUACGACGAGCUCCCCCCCGGCUGUCAUCAACUCACCCAUCAUUACACCUCCCAGCCCAGCGCCAGAAUCGGUGCAAGUGGUACAGGCACCAGCCGAGAUCUCUCCGCCGCCGGUCGCCCCCCCGCCGCCGGUGUCGUCGUUGUCUCCUCUGCCUAUUGUACUCCAGCCUGAUGCUGGCGCUAAUCUCCAGUCCUUCACUGUCAUUGCAGAACUUGCCCCGUCUCAGCAGUUCAUGGUUGAGCCGUCUGCCACGCGGAACAGUCAGACUGAUAACAGAGUAAUAGCCUCUUCUACCAAUGCGCUGCCAGGGACUUCGGAGACGGACAGUUCGGAUUCUCUAUCGCGUCCCCCGGGAGUCUUUCCUGAUGGGGGCCCAGCAGCAACACCGGUCUCGCCCACCAUUGGGGGCGUGCCGCCUCAGGGCACGGCUGGUGGUGGAGCCUUUCCCGAUACCGACAUGACAGCAGGUUCAUCAGGAGCUUCCAACAGCAACGCAGUGCAAUCAACCUUGGCCGUGGCAGGAGGUGUCAUCGGAGGUGUGGUUGCCCUCAGCAUACUGGCCUUCUUCUUCUGGUGGUGGAGGCGUCGGAUGCUCAGGAAAAGACGGAGCACUCUUCUGACUCCGCUCGAUGCGACCUCCUUUGACAGACACGAAAAAGGGGGCCCCUAUAUCAUCCAGCGAGGGAGCAUCGGUCCAACCCCAGUGAGCGAGAAAGUCAAGGCGGCCCUGGGGAUCAACUUCAACAAGUUCCGCGCCCACGUCAGAAACAAGACAGGAGGCAGCAGCUCGCACUCGGUCAACCUGGACCGGGGCACGUCGCAGUUCAUCGACGCGAACGACAUCGCCCACAGCAGGAACGGCUCAGCAGGAGUCAACACCCGCGGAGGUGAAGCAUCAGCCAGAGACCGAUUCGUCGACUUCUUCUCCCGGAUGAAACCCGAUAUUGGCUUCAAGAACCGAGACCCGGCAAGUGACAACCUAGCAGCGAUGGGCAACUACAACGCCACCGCGGAGAAGAACGCCAUGGCCAACAACCUGCCCAGCCAAAACCAACAACAACCCGACUUUCUGACCCUGCUAGGAAUGGACGAAUCCGAACUCGACCACGAAGCCCAACGCCGCCGCGGGUCACUGUCGCGCAACAACCGGAGGAGCACCUCUAGCACAGAUCACUUCCUCUCCGGACUCAACCCCUUUUCUUCCUCCACCUCCCAAAACAACAACAACAACAACAACAACAACAACAACCCCUUCAGCGACGCCAACGCCGUCACCCUCCCUCCCCGCUCCUCAGCCCAACCCCCGCCGUUGAACCCCUUCUCCGACGCCAACGCCAUAGGCAAACCAACAACCUACAUAUCCGACAUCCGCCGCUCCCGAGGCCAAUCUUUUACUACCACCGGUGGUCCCCCCCGCGAACAAUCAACCCUAUACCGCGACAGCAUCCGCGACUCCUUCACCACCACAGUAACAACAACCACCAUCCCGGGCCGCAACAAAUUCCGCUCUGACCCCUUUGACCUUGAAAGGCCAGAGUUCCUCGGCAUGGGGAAUAUACCCCCUCCUAUCCUGAUUGAAGGGAAAAAGGCGAGCAUUAUUUCGUCUACGGCAGGGACGGUAGGGACAGGGAGCGUGAGUGGGAGUGUGGUUAUUAGGAAGCCGCAGUCGGCGGUGGUGGUGAAAAGGGGCCAGAGGGCGGAGAGCUUUUCGAGCAAGUACUCUAGUGGGGUGAGUAGUUUGGGGGGGUUUGAGGAAGGUGGGGGGUGGAGGGAUCCCGGGCCGGAUGUUGGGCCAGCGGUUGUGGCUAGGGGUGGGAGUCCGACUACUGGGACGGGUGGAUGGAGGGAUGAGGAGGAGGGGGGGAUGGAGAGGAUUAGGAGGGUGGGGACUGGGGGGAGUGGGAGGAGUGUUGGGAAGGCGAUUUAG